AUGGUGGGGGGGACCGUGGCAGCCGCAGCCAAUGGAACAGGUCGCCCCAAAGGCCGUUCGUCCAUGUCGGCCGCACGGGCCAUGUUUGAACAGAACAUUGAAAAGAAUGGCAAGCAGCAACCACACACAACCACCCAGCGCAAAGUAAUGCCCAAGGGACGUCGGGUCACCUGCCCGCUUCCAAAUUGUACGCAAACCGCCACAACUGCAAUCGUUGGAAGACGACGACGACGACGAUCGGGAUGUGAUGACGGCACAGCCGAGACGGAACAGUCGGCCAGUUUGAAGAAUUCUCACGACGAUGCAGAAGCCGACGCGGCAUCGCCGACCACCACUACCGAAACUGCCUCGGACGAUUCCUCGGAAGGAUCACAACAACAAGCAACCACAACAACCUCAGGCGACUACGAGCAGUGA